AUGAUUAUUUUUGUUUAUAUAAAUCCGAAGGGGUUGUCUUGUUUUGACAAGUCUAACUUAAUGAAAGUUAAGAAAAAAUCUUCCGAAUAUACAUUCAUCGCUUUUAAAAUAUCUGUCGUCCGUUGAUAAAAAUGGAAAUGAAUGAAAACACAUCAGAAAAACUGGUCACAGUAAGUGGAAAAUACACAUUUCGUAUUGGGGAAAUGUUUCCAAGCUACGAAGAACUUGAGAAACGGCUUGAGCUGCAUUGUUCGGAGUCAUUUGUCUACUAUUGGCGAAGGGAUACUCGCACAGUUAAGGGAGCCCACACAAAAACGUCUCGUCCAAUUGCUAGUAGACUGAAGUACUAUUCACUCAGAUACGCUUGCGUGUUCGGGGGAGAAAAGAAGAAAAGUCGUAGCCGGGGCAAACGACAUAAUAACAAAUCUCUGCGCAACGAUUGUCCCUCGUUCAUAAUGUUGCGUGCGUCGAAAGAUGGAAAGGAUCUGGAAGUGGUGGGCGUUAAUAACGAACAUAAUCACGAUUGUUCGAGUGCUGUCAAUGAAAAUCUACCACACCAACGGAAAUUGCCAGAGGAUCUUAAACAGGAAGUCGUCGAGAUGAUGUUACUGCACAUCGAUCGGAAGAAAAUCAUUGAAUACGUGAAGAAGAAAACCAACAAAUCCAUCACCGUCAAGGAUCUAUUCAAUUUGAAGGCAAAGUACAAAAAUUUCAACUUCAAAUUGGAACGUAGCAAAGAGGAAAUUCUCGAAUCGAUGGGAUUGAGUCCAUCAACAGACGAACGGUACGAGAACGAUGGGAUCAUGGAUGAUGAAAGUAAGGAAUGGAUGGGUCUGUGCUACGACGAAAAUGUUAUCGAAUAUGAUGAGUACAGUGAUUGUCCGGAUGAUGGAAAUGUCGAAAUUGAUGUGGAAGUUCAUCCUGAACAUUUGUUGGAGUACACGGAAUGUGACAUUGCGCAAUUGGAAACCAUUGAUGCCACAGAUCUGCAAGUUUACAAAUUUGAACAAGACUGUAAUACAUCAGACAAUGAACAAAAUUUAGUGAUUGAAGUCAGCCCUGCCACUGAAACUGCGUCCCCAUCUCAAGAAUGUAAUUUAAGCGACUCAGCGGAUCAGAAUCAGCAAGGAAAUCAAAGUUUACGAACGCUGCGAUUAAAGUGCUUCAUACAGAGAGAGAAUAAUCGACUGAAAAGGAAAAUCAUAAAUUGCCGGAUAUGUGGCACGCAUCCCAGAUUCCUUGACAUGCAAAUUCGGGUGUUAAAAGCGGAAAAACAAAAGCUGCUGGAAGAGAUGACCAUUCUUCGAUUAGCCAAAGAGAAAUUGUUCAAUGAGGUGGCAUUGAGCCAAUCAAAUUUAGUUGUUGAGUAAAAGUGUUGUGCAGUAAAUUUACCA